AAUGUCAGUGCAUCUUAUGGAGCGAAUAUGGAGCUGCCGGUCCGUUAUUUCCGCCGCCAUGUCAGAAUACAGGGCCGGCUGCUCAGCUCUUCUCUGCAGCAGGACCUUACCUGUUCCUCGGUCCAACGCUGUAGUCUUCCCGCGCCGGCAUCUUUAGUGUGGACAGCCGGGUGUCCACUGCGCCCGCAGUCUCUUGGUCAUCCCCUGUACUGUCUGCAGUCUCUGGUCAUCCCCUGUACUGUCUGCAGUCUCUUGGUCAUCCCCUGUACUGUCUGCAGUCUCUGGUCAUCCCUGCACUGUCUGCAGUCUCUGGUCAUCUCCUGUACUAUAUCCGCAGUCUCUGGUCAUCUCCUGUACUAUGUCCGCAGUCUCUGGUCAUCUCCUGUACUAUGUCCACAGUCUCUGGUCAUCUCCUGUACUAUGUCCGCAGUC